UCAGACCGUGAUAAAAUAGAAGCCGGCUCAAAGGCCCAUUAUUCUACAUAGGUUUCUGAGAAAAAAACGGGUCAUUAUUUCUUGCGGAACCAUCAAAGUAAAAGUACCACAACCACGAGGCAAACUUUGCAGGUCAAAUUUGCCGUACGAUACUAAGAAACGUCUUUUUUUUUUGUUGUGAUGGUUUACCUUUUACCGCCCUCGUAGGCCUCCCACCAGACUGAAACUGAAAAAUAAACUUCCUAGUUCCUACAAUUCCAGGGCUUCAGCUUCAGUCGGGCACAGCCAGGGAAGCGUGUUCCUUUCCCCAAUUCAAAUAAUUCACAAUUCUAGGGAAGCGGGGAAAAGUCUAAAAACAGCCGAUCCUAAACUUUUUUCCCCCCACCAUUUAACCAUCCUUGUUCAACUCAUGGAAUGCCUUAGAAUUUUCCCUCAAGGUCACUCAUUCCCAGUUAAGCUUUCCAAAAUGGCCGCCUUCAAUUCGACCAAUAGGACGGUAGAGUUUGCGCAAGAACCUACUUCAGGCUCCACCUUUUUCCGUUCAUGAUUACAUGGGUAUGGGGUCAUUGAUAUCCUAGAAACGGUAGGGGAAUGAUUACUACGUAGGCUCCGAUUUUAGAAGAGUAGUUUAUUUAGUAAUGAGACUGAUUGGAUGAACGUAAGCCUUGCGGAAUAAGAAAAAAUUAGUGAAUGAUUUUGAUAGUGACGAUGGUUGCGGAAGAGAGGAAUAUUUGUGCCCAAAAACGUAGUAAGUCUGAUAAAAAAAUCUGUUUCAUUAUCGCACGACUCAUAGAUUGAAAUGCGAGGCGGAGCUGAAGGCGGAGCACACUGGCGUUUCUGAAACACGAAAGCAGAAAUUAUUGGGCAUACAAAUUUCGUAGCCGUGUUUGCGUUGUUUCGGAAAUUCAGUCCGUCUUGGUAUUCGAGAGUGUAUACAUGUGAUUUUAUAUUUGUGAAUCCAAUAAUAUUAUUCGGGUAUUUCUAUGAAAAUGUCGAAAGACGGUAACUUUGAAAUUAAGUUAAUACAAACGGUGGAACAGUAUCCAUGUCUGUACAAUUUUCUACUACCUGAAUACAGUCGUCGUGAGGUUGUUGGUGCGGCAUGGGAAAAGGUGUCAAAUGAAAUGAAUGCAACGGUUGAAAACUGUAGGAACACGUGGAGAAUGCUGCGCAUAUCCUACACCAGAGCUACUAAAUUACCUCCAAAUGGAAGUGCCAGGAAAUUAACCCAAAAAACAAAGGAUAUUAUACAGGCAAUGGAUUAUAUAAGAGGUUAUGUAGAUGCAAAACGCCAUGAGUUACCAAAUAACUCAGCGCCUCUUCCGUUUCCAGACACCCAAGAUGGUAUUUCAAAUGAAUCAACUGAGUUUGUAGACAAUGCUUAUAAUGAUAUUGAUGAAACUGUGUUGCAAGCAAGUGUUGUACAGCCAUCAGUCAAAAAGUUUAAAAAAACACAGAAUUCUGGAAGAGACACGGCGGAUAAUAUAACCACAUUGCUGCAGUAUAUUAAAAGCAGAAAACAACGUGAGCCUGAAAACCCAAGGCGACAAUUUCUGUUGAGUUUGCUGCCGGACUUAGAACAGAUGAAUGAAAGACAAAUGAGAUUCUUCCGUAGUAAAGUAAGUGGUCUAAUAGAUGAUAUUUUGGACAGCGAGUAUGGACCAACUUCAUCGCAACCGCCUUCUGUGGCAAACUGAGCACUCGAUCUUCAAUCACCAAAAUCAUCUCACGCAGAGGAAAAUUCGAUCGACAACUGUGAUUGAAUAAAAAUUAACUUUAUUUAUAUACUUAGAAGACAAUAAAUAAUAAUAACAAAAAAUUCUUACCUAAAUGUAAUCAGAAGUCUGCCUUAUGUGAGUUUCCUUUUUUUUUGUAAUCAAAGGUCUAAUCAUUUCAAAUAAAUAAGGUAAUAGUUUUGUAUGGUCAUCCUGUAUAAUUCUUCAAAUUUUUCAAAAUCUUG